GUUAAGCCAUAGUCCAUGCUGCCCAUAUCCCCCUGUAUCAUGGGAACAAUGCUCCUUUAUCUUGUUGGGAACAUUUGCCAGCCUGACUCCUGAUCCUUGGGUUGCUCUAAGUACCUUGGCUUGCUUUCCCAGAGCGCUGAUCCCCCAUUCUCCAGCUAGCAUCGGGGAGCCUUGAGUGCGACUAUCCCCCCAAAAUCAAGUUCUGAGCUGGCCCCCCCAAACCCAGAGGCCAUUUCUGAAAACUUUGGUUUGAACAUUGCAGCAGCUUUGGGAGCCUAAAACGUCAGGGACUGAAUAAGGGCAAAGUCUUGUUCUUAAUGGUAUCGUUUAGAGUUGCUCCUCCCCACCCCAAUCUCAGCUCUCCAGCCCUUGUCCCAGGAUAGGAUUCUGUUCAUCAAAGCCAUAGGUAGGGUGACCAGAUAGCCCGAUAAAAUCGGGACUGUCCUGAUUUUUAGGUCUUUGUCCCGCGUCCCAACUGAUGCACAGUCGGGACGCCAUUUGUCCCGAUAUUGUGGCUUUGGCCGCUCUGGUGGUUUUUGGGGGUUUUUUGCUUCGGGAACUCCGGCCACUUUUUUUUUUCUUUUCUUUUUUUGCUUCCCCCAUGUGUCCUGAUAUUUUCUCCGUUUCAUCUGGUCACCCUAGCCGUAGGUCCCACCAUGCUGUCUUAUGGAGACUGUAAUCUCUUCUCGGCUGGGACUCCCUCUUACUACAUUGCCGAACACCAUGCCUACAAUAGUCCCCAAGAGCAAAGCCCCAGGGGUCGAUUUCUGCGGCGUGAACGAAUAUUACUACAUCGUCCGCUCAGACCUGGGCUGCUACAUGCGGUCGACCAAUUUCAACGAAGGAAAAGAUCUGAACGUGUAUAGUCUGCACCCCUCCUGCCAGGGCGGGGAGCACUAUCUCGCCCACCAGGAUGACCUCUUCUACAUCAUCAAAGGAGGGGCUUAUCGCCGUGUGUCCAACAUGAACACGGACACAGCAGCCGUAGUCUACAAUCUCCACCCCAAUUGCCAGGGAGGAGACCAUUAUCUCUCAGCCUUUGGGUCCUUCUACAUUGUCUUCCAGAGCAAGGGUGUCUACCGCAAGGUCACCAACAUGAACACCGAUUCUGAUGCUGUCGAAUAUAGCCUCCACCCGUCCUGCCGAGAUGGCCUCUAUUACUGGGGUGUCAAGGGCUAUUAUUAUUUUGUCAAGCCCCAUGACGAAUGGGGGAUCCAGUAUUACCGAACCACCAAUUUCCACGAGAACGUGGAUGCUGUAACCUAUUCCUUCCACCCUGAUGUGGUCAACUUCCUCCCUGGUGGGUUGGCUAUCACCCAGGGUUCAGCUUUCGGCACCUGGGAGGCCAUCAAGACCAUCUCCAAUGAUUCCAACACACCCAUUACCUGGAACAAGAAGAUCACCAGGAAGGUGGGCUAUGCCAAGGAGAAGAUGAGCAGCAUAGAGCACAACUGGAGCGUGAGCAUCUCAGCAUCAUAUCAGUCAGGAGCCCUCACCGAAGCCAUUGCCAAGUACCAGUUCUCCCUCACUACUCAAUACGGCGGGAAAAGCAUCAACACGGAGAAGGAGAACUGGAGCGAGGCCACCGACGUGGAAGAGUCUGUCAACCUGACCCUGCAGCCGAAAGAGAAGAUCUACAUAUGGCAGUACCAGCUGGGCCUGGGCAAGAAAAGCGUCUUGUUCUGCCGUGACAUGAAAUUCAACGACAAUCCAAACCCACCUACUGAAGUGCCCCUGCCGCCUUCUAACCAGUGAUCUGAAAUAGGGAGGCCCCAGGAAUACCUAAGAGCCUGCUCGCUGCCUUGCAGUAUUGCUAAGAAUUGGGGUUGUCGGGGGUAUAUUUAGGGUUAGUAUUUUACAGGAGUCGUAGUGGCUUUGCAGUGCAGGGUGUUUAGUGAGGCCCAGUCUGCCCUAGGAAUAGCCGCUAGGAUUAAGAUACAGAGACACAACUCUGCAAUCUACCAUAAUGAUUGUACCAUGGGCUUCCAGAAAACCGGUUGCCAACGGGUUUGCAGCUAACAUGGCUGGAAAAGCAUUUCCUGAGCCAGCUUGGACAGAGCAUUUUCUCACUCUUUGACUAGAAGGAUCAAUGCUGCAGCGUCCCCACCCAGCUGAGCCAUGCUGAGCACAUACUAUUACUCCUGGGGGGAUUCUGCACCAAAAAAUUAAAAAUUCUGGGCACAAUAUUUUAAAAUUUGGCAAACUAUCACAUAUAUUAUUUAUCAAAAUAACACUAUAUAACCACACCAGUUUCAAUUAUUUUUUGAUAAUUUAUUUCAAAAUACCUGUAACAACACAGACACACAAAAAUUUCCCCCUGUUUCUCUGGCCCCUCCCCGGCAGAGCCAAGGAGAGGGGCCAGCCACUUGCACCCCCUCCCCGCAGAGCCCAGGAAUCCAGGGGGCAAACAGCCUGAUGCUGGGUCCUGAGCUUGUGUGGCGUUUCCUGCCCGCUGCUGCCUCCUUCUUACAUGGGGUGCGGCGAACUGCAGCUGCUGGGAACCCUCCAGUUCCUCCCCCGCCUCUUACCGGCAAUGUCCUCUAUGUGCGAGCUGGGCUCGGCCGGGUCCACAAGCCCCUAGUGGUGGCCAGCAGGACUGCAGCCCAUUUCUGGUCGCGGGGCGGAAAGCAAAUUCUGUGCGCACAACAUUAAUUUUUGUGCAAAUUCUGCAUCGCGCAGUGGUGCAGAAUUCCCCCAAGAGUAACAUACACACCAGCUUCAGGCGGGUUUGUACUUCACAUGGCUCCACCGUGCCUCCGCUGCUACUCCCCGUGCUAACAGAUGCAGAUGCAUUGCUAUUUGCACUCGCACGAGUAUAUGUGCAUGAGCAAAUCACACCCUACCUCAUAGUGCAGACGUCGCUCUGGCUCCACUCCCCUGUCACACGGGAACAAGAGGUUUGCUCAGGGAGCGCUGUGACUACUCCUCUGCAAGCCGGGAUUUUAGGCAGGAGUUCGGUGGCUCACUCCCAGACGUACAAUCAGCUCUGGGAUUGGGAAGUAAUUACACGGCCGGCAGAGAUCACCACCCCUCAGUGGCCCGCACAAAUCACAGGGGAAAGGGGAAAGGGUGGGGAAAGAGCCGCAGUGUGUUUUCUCAGUCACAUAGGGUUGUGUGUAGUUUUAUUUUGUGCCUGUUGUUACUUCUGGCUAUGAAUUAGCCGAGUCAGUUUUCUCGAGGGCUCGUCUUUACUAGAAG